CUCAAGAACAAAUUCACAACUAUAGUGAAAACCGUUAUCAGCUUCUUUGAAGUGGACUACACUUUCGACCGGUCCUUCUUGAUAAAAAACAUCAACGAUUGCCGGGGUCUCCUCAAGCAGUUGGUGGGCAAUCACUUGACAGACAAGAGUCUUGGUCGGAUAGACCAUGUUCUUGACUUUUUCACGGACGCAACCUUCUUGGAGGAGAUGUUCAGAAAGUCUUCUCCAUAUCGCCCAGCACUCAAAAGCAUUAUUGAUGAUAUGAAUAAAGCUUUUGACGAGGGUGGAAUCUGAACGUGAACAGAUUUGCAGGGUGGUUUAGCUGAGUGCAUCGGGUGAUGAAUGAGAGCAAGGCCUUAUUGAAAUGCAAAACAUGUCUGGAAGGAAUGUAUUGACAAAGGAAAGGAGGGCAGAGUGUAGCCUUUCACGAUUAUUUCAUAUGUAAUCAAAGGCUCCUCAUUCAUUGGAUGUUAUUUUGGCAUUGAUUAUAUGAUAAAGUUAUGCUACAGUAGGUAGAGAAAAGUAAGGAUGUCAUUCAUGAUAUCUAAAUCCUAGCACUUGCAGGAUAUCUUUGGAUUAAAAAAAAAAAAAAGUGAAAAAGUAAUCGUAGAGAAAAGAUGCUGAUUCUACGAUUUCUUAGCCUUGUGAUGGACCUUUCAAAAGAAAAAAACUCCAGUCAUUGAAGCUGAGAGUCUUUUAUACAAUAACUUGCCAAGAUAAGCAUCAUUGGAAAUGUCAUUUUGAAUAGCCAGUUUUUGAAAAAUUGUCUUGUCUAACUUUUUAAUUAUUAUUAUUUUUAUUAUUAUUAUGAUUAUUAUUAUUGUUGUUUCACUUUCUAGUGAAUAACUAUGCAAUUUUAUGUACAUGUAGUCUUUAGAUAUUCUUGUUCAUUAAACAGACAUAAGUAUGAAAUAUUUCAUGAAUAACUCAAAUGUUCAAGAAAUAUUUUUUUGACAAAUCAAAGUGAGAUAUGCUCCUGUGUUUCCUCAAAGCACACAAUUGCAUACAGUAUUUGCUUACCUAUAUUGCUUUAAUUUUAGAUGAUCAUAUGUGCACACACAGUAACAGAAUACAAACUUAUACCAAAAUAUAUAUAUAUAUUCUCCAUUUUUCUUAUCUUCAUUAUCUCUAUAACUGUAAAAUGCACAAACUUUAUGUCAGAGUUAGAGGAAGAAAACCUGUCUGAUAGAAUAUCUAAUUGGAAAAAUUGAAUUUAUUGUUCAUACAGUACUACAUAUAUAUUUUAUUCCUUUUUUGAUAGAAUCUCUUUCCUUUAGUCCUCUUUUAUUCAUGAUGGUAAAUGAAUGUGAGCCCGCCAGCUUUUAUUGACAUACAGAUAAUUCUGUGAUAAUUUCAUGUUAAAAUCUUUACUCGGUCCCAUAAUUAGAGCAUCAUAUUUUUAUUGUAGGGUUCUCAUUUAUGCAUAUGCACAUGUACAUGCAUAUAUGCAUAUGCUCUUGAAGGUACAGAUAGAUAUACACACAUAAACUGACAUGCAUACCCACAACCACAUCUAAAAAGAUGUAUGUACACUGACACAUGCAUGCACACGCACACAUUUCACACACACAGNACACACACACACACACACACACACACAAAUCUUCUUUUCACUCUGUGUGCUUUUAAAGCUGGCUGUGAAAUGUUAAGUGAAUUAAGUUUAUUGACUGACAUUAACAUUAUGAGUGGCAUUACAGUUAUAUAGAAACAAUGUUGGAAUAGAUAGUUCAUUUGUAAUUCAAUUUCCUUCAGAUGUAAUAUUAAAAAAGGAAGAACCUUAUAAUAAAAAAGAUGCUUUAUUUACAUAUUUAUAUUGUUGAAUUGCUUAAAAAUAUGUGUUAGUGUUAAUUUGAGAAUUCAUCUGAUUUUUGUUUUGUAUUGAUGUGUAAAGCAGUUUUCUUUUUCCUUUUACAUUAGAAGUGAAUGUACUGACUGUAUAUAUGACAAGAACAGGUUUUAAAUCCCAUCAAAUUUAUGGCAGUAUCAAUGAGAUUUUAAAAUUAAGUUAAUCAAAUACCUCUUUGCAUAAUUUAUUUUUUUGGAUUAUCCUUUUACUCUGUGCAUCACACUAGUGGAGCUUGAAUCUACUUUUGAUAUGUACAUUACCACUGCCUUUUGUAAUCAUGGUUAUACAUCUAGGCAUCAUAACUCAGUAUGUAACAGACAGAAUAUGCAAGCAGUGUGAUUUGCAAUGGAAUUCUGUUGAUGACCAUUUCUUGAAAACACUCUUCUUUUCCUCUAAGUAGUCUUCAUCUCUGUACUUAGGAUUAUAAGCAGAUGUAUGUUUAUUUAUCGCUUGAUUGUGUCCUAGCUACAGCCUGGUAAUACAUUCCGCAUAAGGAAAUGCAUUAUGAGUACAUGUGACUUUAUCAGAUAUUUUAUGAAUGGCUUAUUAAUUUUUUGGUAUUUGAUAAAAGGCAGGUGAUGAAUUUGCUUAGCGUGAGUUGUGUAGCAAAACAAAUAGGUAGGCAACAAUACAUUUUAAACUUUAUGUUGGAAAAGAUAAAGUUCAAGGGAAGUAUACGUGUGCACACACAUACAUGCACCCGCAGAAAUCCCCCAGACCAACACCUGCAUCUACUAUCUCACUCACACCUAUGCUCACUUCCAAUCCCACAUACACACUUGCUCUCAGAUGCACAUGCAAGCACACGCACAUGCAUACAAAUAUACAUACACGCCAAUGGAAGUAAGUGGUAAAUUAAUUGAAUUUGUGAGAGGAAGAAGAUUUAUAUGAGUAAUGAUACUAAUAGUAAUGAAUGAUUUAUUUAAUGAAUUUGGAUUUUACUUGACUGGGAUAAUCUUACAUAUUUCUGUAUGUAUAAAAUCAAAAUAUUCUCUGAUAUGCAAUCAUGAUUUUAUACCCUAUUUAAAAGUAAUAUAAGUAAAACAAACAAUUUUCUAUUUUCAAAAUAUUAAAUAUUCUGACUAUACAUCACAAAAAAA